AUGGCCCUCUGCUGCUGCCCACCUUGCUGUGAGCCAUGCUGCUGCAAGACCACCUGCUGCAAGACCACCUGCUGCCAGCCUUGCUGCUGUGAAUCCAGCUGCCCCAAGUCCAUCUGCUGCCAGCCUUGCUGUCCCCCAUGUUGCUGCAAAAUACUCUGCUGCCAGCCCUGCUGCUGCCAGCCCUGCUGCUGCGUGCCCACCUGCUGUGAAAGCACCUGCUGUGAUACCACCUGCUGCAAGACCACCUGUUGCAAGCCAACCUGUGUGAACAUCAGCUGCGUGCCCACCUGCUGCCAGCCCUGCUGCUGUGAGCCCUCCUGCUGCCAGCCAUGCUUGCUCCAGCUCUGCUGCCAACCAACAUGCUGUGAGACUACCUGCUGCAAGACCACCUCCCUUAAACCAACCUGUGUGAUCAUCAGCUGCUGCACACCCUGCUGCCAACCCUGCUGCUGCUGA